AUAAGUAGCGGAAUGAAAAAAGCAUGUUAGUGGGGAAUACUAAGUGCCGGAGAAUCGACUGAAGUUGGUACCGAUGCGCAAAUUUAGUAUGGUCUCUCGUUAAAUACAAUAUAGAGAAAAUACUCACCUGAAUGAAAAUUCUGUGGUAUAUACAAGCAAACAAUUUUUGUACACUUUGAUAACGUGUUUAAUCAGUUUUCGUGAAGCAAAAGAAUGCAAGUUGUUGGGGUCGACGGUCGUGUCGUCGGCUAUCUUUUUUGUUUUUUGAUACUUCAAGCAAAACUUACGAACUCGAGAACAUCUUGGAGGCUUAGUGCUGACAAAGUUGUUAAAACAACAGACUUUGUGAGUACGAUCGAGGAUGAUCCUAUUUUUGAUAUCCUGGCCAGCAGUAUUAGUGUUGGUAAUGGGCAAAGCUGGAGCAGAACAGCUAUUUCUGAAAAGCAUGAUAAGAUACAAUCUUACUGUCAAGACUGCAAAAAUGUUGGUGCUGGAAACCAUGAACGACGAUUCUCGUCAUACGUGUUGAAGGAUACACCAAAUGCCACUGAGUCUUUUCCUUUAUCAACUCAAGUAUCAAAUGAGCAAAUUAUGUGUUCUUCUGGUCAAUGUGAGGACAUCAUCUUGGAUUGUGGGAAGCCAGUUAAUUUUACUUAUUAUGAUAAUUUGCUCGGUGUUGCAAAUAGGGAUAAACAUCCGUUGGUUCCAGAACCUAAUGUAGCACUCAUGUUUAAAAAAAAUGGUGGCAAAACUAUGGAAGUUGACAUUGAUCUAUUAGAAAAACGAUUAAUAAAAGCUAAAAGAGAGAAACCAAAAUCUGUUCAACUUUAUAAUCAAAUAGGAAAUUUUUGGAGGAUAAAAGGAGAUGCACAAAGAUCCAUUGAGUGCUUUCGAAGAGCGCUUGCUGUAUCACCGCAUAAUGCGGAAGUUUUAUUAAAUUUGGCAAGAGUGUUAUUAGUUCAACAAUAUUUGGACGAUGCAACAUAUUUGGCAAGACGCUCUUUAGAAUUACAACCUCCAGAUCGCAAUGCGUGGGAACAAUACCUUACUCUUGGUCAAAUAUUUAAGGCAUAUGGCCAUUACCAAGAAGCAGCUGUGCACUUACGACAUGCUUUAGAAUUAAAGCCAGAUCUCUCUGAAGCUGCUGAAGCUUUAAUGGAGGUAGAGUCACUUCCGGCUGCAAGUAUACAUAUCUACACAUUACUGAUAAUUAUAUGUUUGGUGCUUGGAGUACUUUUAGUAGUUCUAAGUAGUGUAGAAUGUGACGAAGACUCUAGUCUUGUCAAUGGACAACUCCAACGUCCAGUGCAACGGCACUUUAGUCGCGCUAUGGCUAUGCGCAGUUUGCGACUUAAUGUUACUCGUAAUAAACGUUGUUGAUUAUUUGCUAAGAAAAAGAACAACUUUGUGAUAGAAUAAAAAAUUCAAGCUGCUGUUAUCAUUUAUCUAUUUACAAAAUAUUAUUUGUAAUAUGAUUUUUAAUAAU